ACUGCCGUCGAUGUUAUCGCAAAAGAAGUUAUGUUUUCGAUUCAGUUUUUAUUAGGAUACGUCCGACGUCAGGUCGGUUUCUAGCGUCCGGGACGGUUGAAGUCUGCCGGUCUGAUACGAAGGAUACAGGUUCGGAAAGAGGAAUUUUUUGGGCGUCCUGGUGUUGUGCUGAGCGGUUAUUGUUUAUUCGAGUUUAGGAAGUGUUUCACGAAUGCCGCUGUUGACCUUGGUCGUUGCCAAAUCACGUAUACGAAACGAACGCAAACCACCUAGACGCUAAUUAUAAGCCAAAGUUAAAAGUGUUUCAAAUGAAUUCCUAGCUAUAAAAACAGAGCAGUGAAGAUACCGACCGUGUUUUUGAGUCUGCAAUUGACAGUUUUUUGUUUGUUUGUUCAGAAGUAUAAAGAAGAAAAAAAAACAUCGUGUGUCGGGUGGAGAUAAGUGUCGAAAACCGAACCGAAAUUUUCUCCGCCGAUAGCGAGAGUGUGAUAUGAGAACACCGUCCCAACGGAGCAGCUGAUGAGCCCCGCCACGGAACACCACACGAUCGGGACCCUCCUUCUCAUGCUUUUGGCAACGGCGACGAGGGUCUCUACGAACAGCGCAGUCAAAACAGGAACAGUACCAGCUGUGAACGUGGUGGUGGAGGAACCAGAAUUCACAGAGGUUAUAGAAAACGUAACAGUGCCUGCCGGACGGAAUGUCAAACUGGCGUGCUCCGUCAAGAAUCUAGGAUCCUAUAAAGUAGCGUGGAUGCAUUUUGAGCAGUCCGCCAUCCUAACUGUACAUAACCAUGUGAUAACGCGUAACCCGCGGAUCAGCGUGACGCACGACAAGCAUGACAAGCAUAAGACCUGGUUCCUACACAUAUCAAACGUCCAGGAAGAGGACAAGGGACGUUACAUGUGCCAAAUCAACACCGUAACGGCCAAGACGCAGUUUGGCUAUCUGCACGUUGUCGUGCCACCAAACAUCGACGAUUCGCUCAGCUCGAGUGACGUCAUCGUCCGAGAAGGAUCUAACGUGACGCUGAAAUGUCGCGCCACGGGAAGUCCCCACCCGAUGGUCAAGUGGAAGCGAGACGAUAAUUCUAAAAUAGCUAUUAAUAAGUCGUUAAGUGUGCUCGAGUGGGACGGCGAAUCGGUGGAGAUAUCGAAAAUCUCCCGCCUGGACAUGGGCGCGUACCUCUGCAUUGCAUCCAACGGCGUCCCACCGACGGUGUCGAAACGGAUUAAGGUCAGCGUUGACUUUCCACCGAUGCUCUGGAUUCCCCAUCAGUUGGUAGGAGUGCCGCUCAAUUUCAACGUGACGCUAGAAUGUUUCACCGAGGCGCAUCCAACGUCGCUCAACUACUGGACCCGGGAGGACGGACACAUGAUUCACGACUCCAGAAAGUAUAGGACAGAAUCAAUGGUGGGCAUGCCGGCCUACAAGACGCACAUGCGGCUGAACAUCUUCAACAUCCAGCAGGUCGAUUACGGUACUUACAAGUGCGUAGCCAAGAAUCCUCGAGGGGAAACCGAUGGAACGAUCCGAUUGUACAUAUCUACACCACCGACAACAUCUCCUGGUCCUCCGACCACUGAGCAGGUUGAUUUUUGGCCCAGUAAUGGCCGUAACGAAACCGCCGGAUCACAUUACUACUUCAACGGGGGUACUCAGCAUCAUCCCAAUUCGUAUUCUGUGCACGUGACUGACAAAAAUUCUAAAUACUCUUCCAAUUUGAACGAAAUUGAUAAGUCCGAACAGAAAUCUUUCGACACCAAAGUCAUCUAUUGGUCUGGUGCAAGUGGACGCGUCUUAGGCACUUCACAAAUUAUACGCAACAUUCUGUCCAGUAUCGUGAGCUCAACAAUACUAGUUUCAUUGGUAAGGUUCACCAUUAACUAAACAUACGAGCAUCCACUAUAGAGAAACAAGGGUCCUAUAAAAGUUGUCUGUAAUCAACACAACAAAAAGGUUAGUAGCUAGAUGAAAAUAGCAAAAACAUAACAAACACUUGUGCACUAUUGCAACGGCACCUAUGAAGUGACAGAAAUAAACAUUAAACUAUAGUUGAGACAUGAAUAACUGAAAGCAGGGUUUAAACAUAUAUAUACUAAAUCACUAGGAUUAUGCAACCAAUUACUAGUAAGCAUUUAGUACCAUGUUUGAUUAACAAUAAGGAAUAAAACUGCAGACUGGCAUUGUUUUGCAGUCAAAACGCUUCUAUGUAAAACACAAAUUACCACAACGUAAUAAAAACCAAUUAUCGCGCAUACAUUAUAAUGCCAUCAUUCACGGGCACAGUUUCAGUAGUAAAAGCCCCGAACAGAUUGAUGAAUAUGUUGGAAGCGAAGAAAAAACUACCGGCACAGAAAAAAAAACACAGCACCGCAUUGUAAACAUUUUCCACGAGCCAGCAAAAAUAGAUAAUUCGAUUUCCCUUCCCAUACCUUCCGGAGUUGUAGCAAAUUUUAAUUGUUUCAUGCAACUUCGAAGAAUCGCUUUAAAGUCGUCCAAAUAGGAUUUAAAUUUUGUUGGCUCAACAACUGCCGGAACAGCGACUACGGUGCUUAUGUGAGCGGCUGCAUAUGCGGCCAGAAAACGAAAAACAACACCGCUUCUGUUCGGUUCAAUUUCAUGGAAAUCGAUUACAGGAUUACAGGCUGACCUAACAUUUUCGAUUUGCCUUGUACUCAUCAAUUUUGAAAUCGGCUUACUAGGUGAUAGGAGGCAAAAUGAUGGUUUUAAUUUGACAUCCGAUAAAAAAAACAAAGAUGGUUCGUGUCUAGUGCGAUAUAUGAUGUUCAGUUCAACCGUUCAAUAUCCCGAAUGAGUGAUCGCCAUGCACAAAAUUAAUGAAAGAAAAAAACUUAAUAAUGGAACAUAUAAUGUAAUCAGUUGAAAUAGGUUGCACACAGAAAAAUUAGAAAAUAUGAGCUUAAGUGUUUGUUUGGUACAUUAUAACAAAUGUGUAACUUCAGGGGUGUUCAAUGCGGUAAAACGAGUUGUUUGAUAAUUUUAAAUAACAAACUAGUGGAAACAUGGAAAAAGCACAUGGCUCAAUUUGUAAGAAUAACUGUUAAACUGUAGCUGUGCAUGGAAAAUAUAUUGCUUACUAUUGGAAACGGUGCCAACUCAUACUUAAAUAUGUGUCAAAUGUUCGCCAUAAAUUUAUCAUACAGGACAUCUCAGUUUUAUAUAACUAUAUUGACAACAUGAAAUGUUAUUCUUUCCGCCAAAGUCGAACACUACCAAAUUGGCGCCCCUGAUGUUCGCAAACAAAAAACAUAUCAAAUCAUGUGUCCUCCAGCGAUCAAUCCAAUUACAUAUUAUAAUACGACCAAUACCACUGUGUCAACUGUCAAAUAAGCCGAAACGAAAAUCAAUUCCGAGCUUAGGUAUUCUUAUAUUAUUUAUGUUGUAAAUAAAAUGUGAAUUUUGAAACUAGCAAGCAAACACAACUAUUCGAAAGAUAGGAUUUAUUUUUAAAUACUCACUGCUCUCGAAUUGUGUAACUAAGUUAGUUUUGAUUUCAAAGGAUGUGCAAUGUUUGAAUUGAAGUCCACCGAUAUUCUUUUUAAAUUUUUCGAUGGGGGAGGCAGAGUUGUAAGUGAUUGUUUUUUCAACAAUCUUAAUUUUUUGUCGAGGAUUGUUUGGAUUGAACGCUCCGGAUAUCCAUUGAGCUUUCCAAUUUCGAAAAUAAAGUUUUUCUCUUUUAUUGCAGCAUCUCUCUUAAGGGGUAAGGUCAGCAUUCUGUGAAUCAUAUGGUGGAAAGCUGCCAUUUUGUGUUGGUGGGAAUGAUUAGAAGUAUUUGAUAUGACCCGAUCUGUGUUGGUUGGCUUCCUGUAGGUAUAUCUCGAAAUUUAAGGUUUUUGCCUCUCUGACAAUGAGGAUAUCUAAGAAAGGUAAACUGUUGUCUUUCUCCUUCUCAUAGGUGAAUUUAAUGUUUUUAUGUAAGUUAUUAAUCAUUUGUAAGAAAGUUGAUAAAUCAUUGCGUUUGAUGAUACAGAAUAUAUCAUCAACGUAAUUCCACCAGCUAGGUAAUAAUCCCUGGUUUUUCAAAAGUUCUUCAAGAUUUGCCAUAAACAAUUCGCAUAAAAACGGGGAGAGCGGGUUACCCAUUGGUGCCCCUUGUAACUGUUUAUACAAUCCGCCUCUGAAUUUGAAGUAAUUUACAUCCAUACAAAGCCGAGUUAGGUUCAGAUAUGACCUUACUUUGCUUUUCCAUAAACUGUUACUAUGUUGUUGAAGUAACCAAUCUUCUAAUAGAUUGAUUGAGUCUUUCACCGGGACACUUGGGAAUAAGGCGGAUACAUCGAAUGAUACCAUUAUUUCGUCUUCUUCGAUUUCAACAGAAUUUUGAAGUUGAGUCGUAAAUUCUUGUGUGUUGGGGACUGAUCUACUGAAAAAAUUUUUUGCCAUAGAAUGGAAUUUUUUUACUAGCCAUUUGGCGAUUUUUUGGGUACGGGCUCCCACUGAAGAAAUAAUUUCUCUUAUUUCGUUACCAGGUUUGUGAACCUUUGGUAGUCCUUUGAUUUUGGGUAAAGAAGGGUUAGGAACUUUGAGGUAAUUGAGGUUGAUAUCGAAGUUUGGAUUACAUUCAAGAAGAGUUUUAUCUAUUUUUUUGAUAAUUUCAGGAAGGGAGUCGGUUCUUUGUUUCCUAUAAGGACCAUCAUUAAUUUUUUGGGUUAUCAAGUUGUCAUAAUCUUGUUUGUCCAUAAUAACUACUUUAUUUCCCUUGUCAGCCUUUACAUAAAAAACAGGCUUUUCUCGCAAUUGUUUCACUAGUUAUUUUUCAUCUAUGGUUUGCUGAUUAUUCAAAGAAGUACGGGUAUAGCGUGAUGGGUAAGUCGAUGCCCUUUCACGCAGCCCACCUGGGUUCGAUUCCCAACCCCGCACAUAGGGUCAGAAAAUUUUUCUGGCCCGAAGAGGCGAAUGACCUUAAGGUUAAAACCUCUAUAAUCGAAACAAAAAAAAAAGAAGUACUUUUAAUGACGUCAGCUACGAUAGUUCUGGCGUCAUUAAUUCGAGGAAAGGAAAGAUCACAGUUAUUUAAACCUGUUUCUUUAUCUAUAAUAACUUGUUCGAUAUUAAUUUUGAAGAAAUUGCAUAAUUUAAACCAAGAUUUAGAAGAUUCGUUUGUUCAUUGGUAAAAUUUUGCGAUGAACGAUUUACAAGGAAAUCCUCCAAAAAUUGUACUGGAGGUUUUGGGGGGCGGUCUGGAAAAAUUUUGGAACGUAACUUUUCGAAUUUCUUAUGAAGAAGAAUUCGUUUGCGUUCGGAUUCGCAAUGUUCUGCAAUUGUUACUUUGUUUAGAAAAGUUUCGAUGCCUUGGGGAUAUUGUUUCGCUAGUUUCAAGUGAAGGUUAUAGCAUUCCAAAGUUUUUACGCUCUGAAUGCUAUACAAUUUUUUAACCUUCUCUUUCAAAAUUUCGUGUUGAAUUUUAAUUAGAAUUUUUCUAGAAAAAGAUCUCCCACCCUUUAUUUUACAGCAUGUGGGAAUUAAUCCAAAUCUACUGCAUUUUUUUAAAAACGCAAUAUCAUUGGAUAUUCCCACAAUUUUCUUUCUUAACUUAAUAAACCUGUUUGGCUCACUUGGCUUGGUAACCAUUGUCAGAAAGCUCAAUCGAUCUUCGAAAUCUCGUGAGGCAAUGAGGAAUUCGCAGCCUAUGCGAAUACGGUUCGAGCAAUAGCAGUAUUUGCAAAUGGCACGGACUUAUUCAUUUAGAAAUGAUGGUUUGAUCUAUCGUUUUCAGAAGAUUUCAAUGUAUAAAACAAAAACAUUGUAAGAAGUUUGGAAGUAACCUUUUCGAUCGCAUUGAACUUUAUUUUAUUCCGAAUUACAGAAUGAUCAGCACUAGAGCCAAGUUCAACAAAUGAUCAUGUAGGAUAACGGAGAUAUUCUGGCCACUAAUAAAUGUUCUGUUCUAGUGCAUCGAUUCUUGAAUAAUAAAAGACUUUCAUAAACAUAUUAGAUACAUAUCAACCAAAAAUAUUCCCGUUGCCCUGUUUUUUAAACAGCAAAAAGCUUAGUUUGCGAAGUUUUUUAUUCCUAUCGCCCAAGAAGAAGAUUAAAUCACUAUAUGUUCCCAUGAUUUUUUUCGUAAUUUUUAGCGAUUCAAAACUGGUUUCGUAUGAUUGUUUUGUUUGAUAAGAAUCUACGAAUUAGAUCAAAGUUUUCACUUGAAGAUACCGCAAUGAUGCUAGCACAAUUCAGUAUCUGCUCAAAUACGCCCAGAGAGUAAGCCAGAGCAACAUUAAUAAAAAAUCGAUUAAACACCCUUAUUUUGCACUAAAUUUCUGUUUGAAUAAGGCGUAUUGACUUUUCGAUCAAUUCUGCUAGCAUUAUUAGGAAUAGAUUUGAGAAUAAGAGCGAUUAUUUUCGUUUAGAAAAGUUUCUGGUAUUCGAAAGUCUCUUUAUCGUUAAUUGCGAAACUCGGUAUGGUAUAAGUAGAUCUGAUAACACUCCUUUAGUGAAUUUUAAAUACUACGAAUAUUUUCUGAAUAAGGGCCGUCGAGUACUCUGAUUGGUUCCUCAUACGAAUUUAAAUCCAUGUUGGACUUGAAAAACACAGCAGUUUGGCUUCAAGAACCGUGCGAAACCGCACGAUCACCAAACGAAUGGUAUUCUGUAGAGAUGGUAGAGCUGCUCAGUAGCAGAACAACUUUCGUUGUUAAAAAUAUUUAUAAUAAAAAUGAUUUCCUCUUUCAACUGUUGUGAAAAUAUUAAGGUAAAUAUAUGUAACUGCGCUAACGGUAGCUGUUAUUUUAAAAAUAACAGUUUUUCAGGCUGAGUUGCCAGUUUCAUACAUUGUUCGAGUAAUAUUGUUUUGACAUUACGAGUUACUGAGGGGUAGUUAAAUUUGCGAUACAGUUUUUAAUAGCGAGUGGCAGGUCGUGUCGUCGGUAUAGUGCUGAAAAGGUUAAAAAACAGGUGUUACAACCAAAACUUGCUCAAAGAAUAUUUGUAAAUCGGUAAACUUUUUAUAAAAGAGUAAUCUUCCUUUUUCAAGCUAAUUUCAUAUAUAAUAAUUAAAGAAUACUCACUCGAUCUUCUUUUUCAACGAAUGCAAUUCGAUAUUACUUUGUGAACUUUGACUGAACGAAGUCUCUAAGAAUCUUUUUGUAAGUCGACAGUCUAAUUUAAUGCACGGUUUCAGACGACACUCUUUGAAACAGCUUCCUUGCUACAGUUCGGUGUACUGCUCCACGGUGUUCUAAAUGUACAAAUCCAUGUGCAGGAGUGUUCUAGUUCUAGAUGCAUAAUUUAUGUCAGUUUUAAAAUUUAAAUCUAGAAAUUAUAACGCAAUAAACUGGCAGCCCCAGCAGCGUUUUAUCAGUGUUUCAAAUAUAGAAAAAAAUAGAACGGGAGCGUAUACCAGUUUUAAAUUUGUCAGAAGAACUGUUCGAAUAAAUAAAACUAAAACGGCUUGCUGCGGAUACGUUUGUUUCAGUUUCAUUUAUAUUGACCACCCACAGGAAUCUUGCAGCUGCUGAAUUUGCUCUUAACGGCUAAGAGAAGGCAUUUUUCAACAUUUUUUACUACAAAUAAUAAAUUUCGAUAUUCAUUUCCAAAGCCAACAUUUUUUUUUACCUUUUCUUGAGAAUUCCUCAUACCAAAACCAACUACGGUGACAACUUUCUCUACCAUGUAUCGCUUAUUUAAUGAUUACUCGAAUGUGUUCGAUUUUUACUUAUCACACAACACUAUCAAACUUUUGCGUAUAAGGCAUAAACUUUAGUUAAGAGUUAGUUAUAGUUACCCAUAUUGUAGAAUAAGUGUUUAGAAUCAAUUGUACCUACUUGCAAAAAUGAUGAGGUUUUGUGCCAGCGGAUUCCCUUUGAAAGAAUAAUUGACAAGAUGAUAUGUUGUGCACAAGUACGUCUGUAUUAUAAGAUAUCUUAUGCUGCAUGCAGUGCUUAUUGCCUUUUGCCUUUCUCUAUAGAAAAGUAAUGAGAUUGCUAGAAAAGCCGACUUUUUCAAACGGAGUCUCGGAGACCCAUAGCAUUGUAUACCAUUGGACUCAGCUCGAUUAACUCUGCAAAUAUCUGCGUGUGUAGGAAUGCAUGUGUAUGUGCAGGCACGAACUUUAUUACUGCUCAAUUUUCUCGAAGAUGACUGAAGCGAGUUUAACAAACGUAGGUUCGUUUCAAAAAUAUUAUUGGGUUAUUGCUCAAGUUUGAAGAUUAAAUCCAGAGAUAUAAUGGUAGAAUUGACGAAACCCGUUGUUUUUUUACCGCUCAACUUUCUUAGAAAUAGCUUAUAGGAUUUCAACUUAGGCCCGUUUUGCAGUUACUUUUGGACCAUUGAUCAAGUUCGAAGAUCAAGUAACUUCCGUUUCAAGACGUAUAAUGGUAUAGGUAGCCUAACUCGUUAUUUUAUUACCACUCAAUUUUUUCAAAGAUCCGAACUUCUGAACCGAUUUCAACAAGCUUAGGUUGCCACUUUUGGUUCCGGAGAUAUAUUGGUAUAGGUGGCGUAACCGAUAUAACGCGUUGUAUUUUUCUACCGUUCAAGUUAAAUUUUCUCACAGUUGGCUAAACCAAAAGGUUUGGUUUGAGAAAUGUUGUCGAAUAUGUAACAUAAACGCUGAAGCAUGUGACGUCAAAAAUGAUCCCAAUUUAGUGUCUGAAAUUAAUCUAAUAAAAAGGCAAAACAUAUUUCAAUGAGGCUGUUUCGAUGAAAGAGAAAGGUAUUAUCACACCACCACCUCGUUAAGUUUUUUUUUGUAAAUUCGCAUGCAAUACACUCUGAAAUUAUCAAACUGGACGCAAAUUACGCUAUUUGUUUUAUUUAGCUGCAACAAAUGCAUCAGUUUUUAUCGAGAUGCACUAGAUCCUUAAGGUCUGAGGCCAGUAGGUCGCGUAAAACCACGUGGCUCGCUGUGCGUAUUACAUUUCUGUCCAUGCUCUCUCGCAAAUGUGCAAAAUGACUCUCGAUGUGGCCUCGAAGUUUUUUAUAUUUUCGGUUACAAGUUUGACUACAUCACAUAAAAUCCAAGAAUGCUACCGCUUGUUCGGCAGCCUUUUUGAGCUGAUUUUAUUUAUCUCUCAUGUUUCGUUACGUUACCAGGGAUCUAAAAUGGCGCCGCCAUAGAAAUCGGCUUUCCUUCACAAAAAUAACUUUCACUUCAUUUUUAUCGCGACAACAUAUAUGUUUUUAUGCACUAAUCGCAUCUAAAUUAAAUUAUCUAGACAUUGUCAGGAUAGAUUUUUGAUCCAUGCUUUUGAAGGCGAGAUAUUCAAUGAAGAAGUUGAAAGUUGCCGUUUUCAGCUAUGAAAUUCUUCCUUCAGAAAAAAGACUUUCCCGACCGCUAAAGUCAAUGAAUCAUUCUGAAUUUUCACAGAAUAAUCUAAAACUAAUUUUCUAAGAGAUUGUCAGUUGGGUUUUUUUAUAUUCGUCACCGUUUCUGAAAAAAUCAGAUUUGAAGCGUGAAAAUAGCCCUCUAAAACGCCCAAAAACACACUGCACAGUGGUCCGAAAUGGGAAAUUAGAGUGACAAAAAUAUUUUCACUAUUGAAUAUUAGUUUUUUGUAGUUGGUGUCUUCACAAAAGUUGUUUGUAAUCAAAAGAUGCUCCCUUAAUGAAAAAAGUUACUAGGGUGGUCCUUAUUAAAAUUGAAAUCUAAAAUCUAACUUUCUUAAUAGAACUCAAAAAUGAUUUCGUUGUACAAUAGAGUUGUAGAAAAUUUUAUUUUUAGCAACUUUGCCUAAAAAAGCACCUCUCUAGCUUUUCAUUUGAUCAAGUUACAUAAAUUUUCCCCAGUAAAAGUAGGGUGGCUCCAGAAAAAUCACUUUUUUGUUCUAACUUUUUUGUGAAACGUUCUAUGGAAGUUGUUUUCAGAAGAAUUGUUGAACUAAUUAUUGCGCACAAUUUUGCUGAAUCAAACUUUUUCAUAUGAGCUACCAGUUUUUGUGUGUCUUAUUUCUCGAAAGACAAUGUAUGGAACAUUUGUAGAACUAAUUUGAUACUUUUAUUAUUUUGCUGAAAAAAGUAUGUUGAUACGUUAAGGCGUUUAAGAGCUAUGCAAUAUUUUUGAGUUUUUUGAAGGUAUUUUUAAAACUAAUUUAAAUAAGUUAAAAAAAUAACACCCUUAAAAUUUUCUCUUCAAUUUUUACUUGUAAUAUGACCUGUCAGGAACCGCAUAGGAUACAUUUUUAUCGAUCUGACAUCUAAUGAAUAUUGAUAUUUGAAGGUUUACUAGUUUUUGAUGAAAAAACAAUCAUAACUUUUCACUGGUAGCUCAUAUGAAAGGCUUGGUUGAGCAAAAUUGUACGCAAUGAUUAGUUCAAUAACUCUUCUGAAGACAACUUUUCGGUGGAACGUUUCACAAAAAAGUUAGAAUAAAAAAGUGAUUUUUCAGUAGCCACCCUACUUUUACAGGCGAAAAUUUAUGUAACUCGAUCAAAUGAAGAGCUAGAGAGGUGCUUUUUUCAACAAAGUUGCUCACAAUAAAAUUUCCUACAACUUUAUUUUAAAACAAAAUCAUUUUUAAGUUCAAUUAAGAAAGUUAGAUUUCAGAUUUCAAUCUAAAUUAGAACCACCCUAGUAACUUUUUUCAUCAAAAGGAGCGCCAUUUGAUUACAAAUAACUUUUGUGAAAACACCAACUACAAAAAACUAAUAUUUAAUAGUGAAAACAUUUUUGUCACGCUAAUUUCUCGUUUUGGACCAUAGUGCGCUGGCCUCAGCCCUUAAGCAUUUACGAUGUGUUUGGUAACGAUGGUCGAGGCGAGCCCGUUCGAAGUCAAUAGCCCCUUUGUUACGGUGGUGACAGUUAAUUUGGUCACAUUCUACAAAGUCAGCUUUACGUGCGAGUAGUUCAGAUAUUAGCGAUACGCGAGCAAAAUUUCGAUUUCCACCACUAAUGCGAAAAUAUCAGAUGUAAACUUCUUAAAUGAACCACGAUUAGAUGAGAUAAUUAAGACAAGUUGAAGUUCAUAAAUUAUCUGACCGUAAGAAACCGAAACCGAUUAUUAGAAAACUCGACAAAGUAGCAGAGUAGAUGUUCAGGAAUAUUCGUACUUUGUGCCUGGACGAAGGAUUGGAUUGUUGACAAUGAAAGAGAAAAAUUAUCCAGAAUGCCGAAGCCAUCUGAAAGACGGAAAAAUUUAUCGUCACCCUGGAUUGAUCCUUGUAAGCUGGUGAAGUAUGAUUGAAUUAUUACCAUUACUUUCUAGACACUCCGGCAUCGUUUCGUAAGGAACAAACUCGUUUUCCGACUACCGAUCGAUAACCCAAGCAACCCGAAGUUCCACAAUUACUUAAAAUAUUUACUUUCUUGCUGUUCAAAGUACACUCUUCCAGAACUUGAAAGUACAGAACAAGUUCCAUGUGAACUUUUUCGCUACAUAGAAGCUGAACAAUGUAUUCUAGAAACCGCUUAGAAGUUCGUUCGGUUGCGUCGCGCGAAUUUUCAAGUGUGAACAAUUACUUAAGAAAUGGGCUGCCUAAAAUACGGCAAUUUCGGUUAGUUGGGAAUGUUUUCAAUACAGCUCGGUUAGACUUUACUGUUGGGUGGAUUGAUUUCCACAUCCUUGUCAACGGAAUCCACCUUAGUGGCAGCUUAUCAAAUCAACACAGGACUUUUAUGAGACCUAAUGCACUACCACCAAAAUAUCCCUCAAUUGUAGUGACAGCUAGCCAAAUCUCUCCAAAUUAUCAUUUCUAUUCCAUAUAUCUAAAAAUUCGUGUCUAUCAAUUCGAGAGCAGUUUACGACUUCUAAUCUUUAAUCAAGCCCAACAAUUUUUUUUCGCAAAUUAAUCUUAAGCAAAUCUACUACAACUUUCCAAAUGAGGUCAUAAUAAAAUGAGAUUAGUAGAA